CUUUGCCCAGAACAUCACCACGACCACGACUACCAUGUCACCCCCUGCCACCUCCACCGUGACCGAGGCUUACGUGCGGACGCAGUACUGUAAGUGGCCGUGCGAAUGUCCGGAGAUGCCGCCCGUCUGCCCGGCGGGCGUCAGCCUGAUGACCGACGGCUGUGAGUGCUGCAAGACAUGUGCCAAGCAGUUGGGAGAGAACUGCACAGAGGCGGACACUUGCGACGUCCACAGGGGGCUGUACUGUGACUACAGCAGAGACAGACCUAGGUACGAAAUAGGAGUGUGUUCACAAAUUGUCGGCCUCGACUGCAUCCUCGAUGGGGUGAGGUACAAGAACGGACAGUCCUUCCAGCCCAAUUGCAAGUACAAUUGCACCUGUAUCGGAGGAGCGGUGGGCUGCUUCCCCACCUGCAGAGACUCCAAGCCACCCCUCGUUUGGUGCCCCAACCCCAAACUGAUUAAGUUGAAGGGGCAAUGCUGUGAACAGUGGGUCUGCGACGACUCCAAGAAAAUCAGAAAGACCUCCCCACGGCACAUCUCCUCUGCAGUUUACGAAGGGGAAAUUGAGUCGUGGCAGAAAAACUGCAUCCUCCACACCUCUUCCUGGAGUCCCUGCUCGAAGACCUGUGGGAUGGGCACGUCCCAAAGAAUCUCGAACGAGAAUGACCAGUGCCGUCUGACAAAAGAGAGCCGGCUCUGUAACAUGCGCCCAUGCGAAGAGGACAUCGCCAAGCACAUUAAGCCUGGAAAGAAAUGCUUAGCUGUGUACAGGAGGCAGGAGCUGAUGAACUAUACUCUGUCUGGAUGCGUGAGCAAGGCAGCUUACUGGCCGAAAUACUGCGGCGUCUGUGUGGACAAUCGCUGCUGUACUCCGUACAAGUCGAAGACCAUCGACGUGAGCUUCGAGUGCCCGGAUGGGACCGGGUUCUCCAAGAAAGUCAUGUGGAUCAACGCCUGCUUUUGCAACCUGAGCUGCAAGAGCCCCAACGACAUUUUCGCUGACUUAGCUCAUUACCACGAUUACUCCGAAGUUGCUAAUUAAGUUGGCUGGGUAUGAUGGCAUGC